AUGGGAAGAGCAAAAACAGAGAUAAAGAGAAUAGAGAACAAGACAAAGAGGGCGGUGACAUAUUCAAAGCGUAGGAAAGGCCUAAUUAAGAAAGCUUAUGAGCUAAGUGUGCUGUGUGACACUGAUAUUGCUCUCCUCAUGUUCUCCCCUACUGGCCGACUCACUUCCUUCUCUCCUAAACGAAGAAUCGAAGAUGUGUUUACUCGAUUUUUAAAUCUCUCUGAACGCUAUAGAGGGAGGAUGAUGCAUGGAACCAAUCCAGUUGCUGCCUCUACGAGCAGUCAUAUCCAUCAGAUCCAAGUAGCUGAGGAAAAAUUAAGUAUGUAUGAGCCCGAUCCAAGGAAGAUGACAUCAAUGGAAGAGCUCGAAGCAUGUGAGAAACAACUUGAGAGCCUCUUAUAUUCUGUCAUUCAGAGAAAGAUGAGCCUAAGUUCCAAAGAGGAGAGUACUGAAGCGGAUUUGUUAGCUUAUGACGAUGAUGCUCUUAAUCAAGCACAAUGUUUCGAUUCAUCUCUCAUCUACGACACUACUUCCGAUCGGAAUAACGUUCUUUCCACAGCUAUAAUUCCGCCACAUAUAAAAGAAAGCAGCUCCAGUUUGAAUGAUAGAAAAAGCCAAGGAAAUGAUAAUAGCAUUUCGUCAUGGCCCUAUAUAUCACCAUUCAAGUGACCCUGUCUCCUAAAUCUUGUUGCACUGAUUUAAAUUCUAAACAGCUUUAGAUGUGAGUUUGAAUAAAUAUGUGCUCAUGCAUGUGUACAAGUACACUAUAGUAGUACUUAGUAGUCAGAAAUAAAAGCACUUA